CGGCGCGGGUUGCUGGCUCAGAAGUGCUUCGAGAGCCGGAGGGAGAGGAUCUGUAUCGGGAUUUGAAAAGUGCAUAGGGGCAGGGCUUGGCUCCUGCAUGGCUCUGCCGGUUCUGCCGAGAAUUCCUCCUCUGAGCCGGCUGUUCGGAUGCUGAGUGGGCCACGCUCCCAGAGUUUGCACACGGAAGCGGUGCCUUGAGACCAGUGUGAGGGUCUUUUUUUGGUGGGGGGCAGAAGGUGGGAAGCUGGACGUUGACCGGGGGACAUGUCGGAGGAGAGGCUCUUAAGCAUGGACGAGGGGGCGCUCCGGAAAUUGCUGGAGGCCACGCUGGACCUGACCGAGCGGCGGCAGAUCCGCUCCGCCAUCCGGGAGCUGCGGCGGCAGGAGCUGGAGCGCGACGAGGAGGCGCUGGCAUCCAAGCGCUUCCGGACGGAGCGCUGUGCAGAACGGCAGGAGAACAAGGAGAACGUGCUGAGAUCACUGCGGCUGGAGGAGGAGCAGAAGCAGCAGCAGAAAACUCUGGACAUCCUAUCCGGGAAGUUGGAAACCAUCCAGGAUGUGGAGGAACUGACUGCUUUGAUGCGGGCGGCCAGCGAAUACGAGGAACGGAAACUGAUCCGUGCCGCCAUUCGCAAACUGCGUGCUGAAGAAAUUGAAGCUGCAGCUUUGGCAGGGAAAGCUUACUACAACCGGCGGGAGACGGAUGAGGCCCUGGGGGUCAAAGGAAGGGAAGGAACCACAGCGGACGGGGGCAUCUCUGAGGUGCAGGAGCGGGAAUUGAUCAGGGCCCAGAUCCGGGAGCUGCGAAGCCAGCAGCGUCAGGAAGCGAAGCCAGCGGACAUGCCGGAUUCCUCCACACCCGCGGGAACUCUCCUGGUCCUGGACCCUGUCGCCGGCCAAGCACCCGCCGAGCCACCCUCUCUGUCAGAGAGUGGGCCGGAUCCAGAGUCAAGCGCCGAGGCCAGCUCCCGAGACAGCGACUCCAGGACUGAAUCGCCUCCCGCUUCUGAGGAGGAGACGGGCACCGGCCGCAUUUCCGCUCCAGAAGACAGCGAGGGGUUGACAGCUCCCGAAGGAGGGUCCCCUGCCAGCGAGCCUCCGCAAGGGCAGCCGGAUGCUCCGAGUGCAGUGAGCGAUUCCUCCCAGGAAGAGGAGGCUUCCCCGAAGUUACCGAGCGAAGAGACUCCGAGAGAACGGGAUGCACCUCAAGCUCCAGAGCAGGAAGCGGGUGUCGUGGACAGCAGAGAAAGCGUUUCCUCAGCAGCUCCAUCCAGUGCCACCCCCCAGACCCCUGCCCCUCCAGAUGCCCGCUGUGGUGAAACCACACAACCGAUGCCACGCCAGGCAACCAGCACAGAUUCCCGCCGGGAUCAACCGUUCCAGAGAUCUGGCUCUGUGCUAGACCGCGCACGAAAGUUCAGCUCGGAUCCCCUCAAGCCGGCUGGCUCUGCCGCCACCCCCCGGAAGGCGGAGAGUGCGGGCAAAGGUGCCCGGAUCCUGCAGCAACAGCAACAGCUCCUGAACCCCCCGCGUGCAGGAGACUUACCUGUCGGGGCACGGGGUGGCAGCAGUGGCGCUGCCGGCCGUGCCCUCCAGGAUGCCAGCAGGCAGCGGGGUGCAGAGGAGCAGCAGCCGGCCAAGUCCUCCGCCAGCCAGGCAAAGACCGGGACAGUGAGGCCUCCCGCCGAGAGUCCGGCCGGCCCUAAAGAGGCGGCCGGCCCCCGGGGGCGGAGCCAGGCCAGCCAAUGGCAGGGGAGCAAGUGGACUCCUGCCCGCCCCUCUGCUGAAAACACUCCGGGGAGCUCCUCCGGCUCAAAGGAGCCCCAUGUCCCCCCGUUGAGCUCUUCCUCCUCCCGCAGCCCUCUGCCAGCCCGAGCGCGCAACCUCGGCGCCGCCGAGCCCAGCGACGAGAUGAAGACCCUCUUCACCAUUGAGAUCAAGGAUGGCCGCAGCCAGCCCCUCAGGAGCCAGAUCGUGGGGACCCCAGGGAACCAGCGGGCAGAACUCACACUGGGGUUGAGAAGCACUCCCAUUCGAAUCACGACCACCAGCAGCAGCGUCGACAGCUCCAGCCAUGGCGGCAGCAGCUCCAGCCUUAAUAAGAUGGAAGCCGAGGUGCCGGUGCACCGCGAGGCAGCGGACUCGGCGUUGUCAAACGGCACCGAGAAAGAGAAGCCACAGGCCCAGGAGCUGUACCAGCAAAGCCGCCUGAGCGCCGAAGAGCUGAGCAAGAUCGAGGAAGAGCAUGUGUUGGAUAAGAUGCUGGAUCAGACCACAGACUUUGAGGAGCGGCGGCUGAUACGGGCCGCCAUGCGGGAAUUGCGCCAGCGGAAGCGAGAGCAACGAGAAAAGGAGCGCAGCUUGCGGAUCCAGGAAGCCAAAUCGAGAGGGGCCACCCACACCACAGAGACCACGGCCCGGCAGAGCGCCAUGUCCGCCGAUGGCUCAGCCAUCAGCACCGUCACCAAGACCCAGCGCCUUGUCCAGUCCAAUGAUGGCAGCAAGACUUCCCGCACCAUGAUGAUGGAGUCCAGCUACGUGAAGAGAUCGGAAACAGACGGCAACACCUUUGUCCAGACCAAAUCGUCCUACAGCACAUCGUCUUCCAAGAAAGUCGGCAGCAUCUUUGAACGAGAGGAUGAGACCUCUGGGCGUGCUGGCAGCCUGGCUGCCCUGGAACGUCGCCAGGCUGAGAAGAAGAAGGAGCUCAUGAAGGCUCAGAGCCUGCCAAAGACGUCAGCUUCGCAAGCCCGGAAGGCCAUGAUCGAGAAGCUGGAGAAGGAGAGCGGCAGCCCAACCAACCCAGCCGUGUCCCGAGUGGCAGUCCAGCGCUCGGGCAGCUUUGGGGUCCCCAACGCCAGCAGCAUCAAGCAAAUGCUGUUGGAUUGGUGCCGCGCUAAGACACGGGGCUACGAGCACGUCGACAUCCAGAACUUUUCCUCCAGCUGGAGCGACGGCAUGGCCUUCUGCGCCCUCGUCCACAACUUCUUCCCAGAGGCCUUUGAUUAUGCCCAGCUUUCACCGCAGGACCGGCGGCGCAACUUCGAGAUGGCGUUCUCGGCGGCUGAGGUGCUUGUGGACUGCGUGCCCUUGGUGGACGUGGAAGACAUGAUGAUCAUGGGGAAACGUCCCGACGCCAAGUGCGUCUUCACCUACGUGCAGUCCCUCUACAACCACCUGCGGCGCCACGAGCUCCAGAUGAGGCAGCAGCGCUUCUAGCCUUCCUCUCCCACCCCCCCACCCCCACCCUUCCCUCUGAAACAUCCAGCCUAGCCUGUCCCCCACCAACCCACCCACCCCAGGUGCGGCAGCAGGGGAAAGGAGGAUGUCUUCGCUUGCUCCUCUGGUCCCGAUCCGUGUUCCUGCAGCCCCCCCUCCCUCCCUGCUUUCAGAGAACUCUUACUAUGGGCAGGAGCCACCAGCAGCAAAAAGGCAAGAGGAACCAACACCCCCCCCCACACCCCGCUACAGCAGGCUGGGCAGUUGGCAAUCCAGGCCGGUUUGGAGGGGACCGGCCGAGCUUAGACCGCUCUACGGAGAGAACCGGGACUGCCCUUCUCAUCCGCACGUGCUUUUUAUAUUAUUGUUGUCGUUGUCGUUAUUUACUGUAAGUUAUUCCCGUUUCCUCCUUUUUCGAAACUCCCUUUUUUUGCAUCGUGCACGGCCGAGCAGCAUAACGGGCAGAGACCUGUGCAGGUGUGAUUGACUGACCACGCAUCUUGUCUGUACCUUUGAACGGCUAAAUGCUGGAGCGUGCUAAAAAGGGGGGGGGACCGUUGUCGUCUGUGUGUGCAGACCUUAACUCGUCCCUGCUUCCCACCUCCCCCAAAUCCUUGAACUGCGAUGAUCGUUGCAAGUGCAGAGCCUGCUCAGCAGGUUAUAGGUGUCCCCCCACCAGGCGUUAGGAACAUAGAUAGCUACCUUCUGUCGAGCCAAACCGCUGGUCCUUUCUAUCUUAGGAUUGGCAACCAUGACUUGCGAGUGGCUUUCUAGGCUUUCAGGAGACAUUUGCAGCCCUAGCUGGAGACGCUGCCGGGACUUGAACCUGGAACCUUCUGCAUGCCAAGCAGAUGUUCUGCCAUAAAGCUGAAUGCAGCCUUUUACUAUACGGCUUCUGUUGAUCCAUCUAGCUCAGUAUUGUCUACACUGACUGGCAGUGGCUCUCUAGGAUUUUUGAUAGGGAGACUCCCCCAGCCCUAGCUGGAGAUGCUGCCGGGACUUGAACCUGGGACCUUCUGCAUGCCAAGCAGAUGUCCUGCCAUAAAGCUGAAUGCAGCCUUUUACUAUACUGCUUCUGUUGGUCCAUCUAGCUCAGUAUUGUCUACACUGUCUGGCAGUGGCUCUCUAGGAUUUUUGAUAGGGAGACUCCCCCCCCCCCAGCCUUGGCUGGGGGUUGAACCUGGGACAUUCUGCAUGCAAAGCAGAUUCUCUACAGCUGAGCUAUGGCAGAGGGCCUCUUCCUUCACCACCUUCGAGGCAGAGGUCUUGCACUUUCCUCGUGCCCCCCUCCACCCACUUCCAGAAGAGGAACCCGAUUAUAAAUGUAGUGCACAGGCCCUACUGGGCUGGGACUGCGCCUCUUCUGGAUUGAACCCUGCUGGCACCAGUGGGUAGGAGAAGCCAGGCUUUUAGAUGGCAAAUAGCUUCUUUCCUGGCCAAGAAAGGGUGAAAGCUGGACAAGGGAUAGGAGAAGACCUCAGGGGCACCCCUGAAUCCUGACCGAAACACUUCCUGAAAUCAGCUUGUUUAGAAAAGUGCAGUUUUUGAAGUUGUGGGGUAACUGGACAGAGAUGUGGGUUUUCUUUGCUGCUUGGGGUAGAGAGGACAGAUUUUUUUUUUAAGAGAAACAAACUGUGUUCCCUGUCUGGAUGGUGGUGGUGAAGGGCACACUCUGCACCAGCUCAGAAGCUCCCUUGCAAGCACAGGGCAUGCCAGUUCCCAUCUCUUGGCCACCAUGUUUGCUGAAAUAAAGUAUUGCCCAUCCAUGUGCCCUAUGUAUUCACCCAUGGCUCUGCCAGCCCAGGAGCAAUUGUGGUCAACUCUGGGUGCUUAGACAUGGCAGGAGAGGCGGGAAACCAUGUGGGUUUCACUGGUGUGGCCUCUCUGUAUGGAACAGCUCUCUUGCCUGCGCACCAUCGAGCAAUGCCCACUCUGUUCCUGGGAGUCCCCAGCGCAUCAGCCUUCAGCCCUUUGCACAAGUCUCCUUCCUUUUUGAGGGCCUGAUUAAUACGGGAAGGUUGGGGCCGAUGAGCCAGCUGAGACUGACUGGAGCCUGGAGCGAGGGACGGACAGCGGGAUGUGCUCCUCGGACACCGCUCUCAGCACUCAGCCACACGCCCAAUUGUAACGGUUCUUGCACUAGCACAAGGAUGUUUAUGUAGGCACCAGCGAGACAAUAAAAGUUUGGAUAGACUGUU